AUGGAUCAUCCCAACAGUCCUGCGGUCAAACUUUGGGCCUACGGUGGCUUGUUGUUCGUCUUUGUCAACAGCAUGGGUCUCCAUGAAGAUGACUGUGUCUUCUGUCAGCAUACGGAAUAUUACCUGCAUCAGGCCGAACAGCGCCUAAAGUGUCUUCGCGGCGAUUUGUCCCUGGAUGACUGCAAGGCCGAGCUGGGACAGUCGUCAGCCGAUGACCCCGUUCUGGAUAAGACAAGUGAACCCAUCCUGCCGGGCACCUAUUCUCGGCCUAUUCUCCUUCAACACUUUCCACUAUAUCGACCUGAUGAAACAGUCUGCGAGAGUGGUCAUCCGGACUCCAUGCCAAACACUCAUCGUAAUGACCCCUAUGCUCCCAAAAACGACUGUUUGGCCGAGUUCACAUCGAAGAGGCUUCUGCAAGCAAUACAGCCUCGUUUGAUCUUAGAUGGUCAUUCACACUAUGGCUGUCACCGUAAACACGAGCUUCCCGGUUCUAACGGAAAAUUGUUUGCCGAAGAAUGGACCGUGCCUGCUUUCACGUGUUCUGCUAGUCUAACUCUCACCUGUCUCGCCUUAUCCAUCGGCAAAUAUCCCUGCCAUUUCAUGCAGACAGAGCUUAGUUUUUUAAAAGCAGCAUUUACUUACUUUGCGCCCCAGUAUCUGUACGACACCGUGUUGCCGGCUGCCAUAGAAGGAAUUCGAUGCGAACUCUGGCAGAAAAAGCUACUUCACAUCUCUCGGAACGACUACGCUGUUAAUAAGUGUCUUCUUCCGAGUGAAGUUACAAUUGCGCUCACCUACAUUCUUGGUUUGGUCGGGAUCGCUUUCUUCCUUGUUCGUGUCCGCGUCUACCGAUUGUUUUUGAGGCUUCGGGCUCGCAUGUCCCAUAAAGUCGAGUGA